CGCGGGGAGAGCGGCGGCCCGGCCUCGGCACUCGGACGGCGGCGGAGGUGCGGCCAGGAGCCAUGGUGAUCAUGUCGGAGUUGAGUGCGGCCCCCACGGGCUCCGGCCAGGGCCAGCAGAAGCCCCUCCGGGUGGGCUUUUACGACGUGGAGAGGACCCUGGGCAAGGGCAAUUUCGCCGUGGUGAAGCUGGCCCGGCAUCGAGUCACCAAAACCCAGGUUGCAAUAAAAAUAAUCGAUAAAACUCGAUUAGACUCCAGUAACUUGGAGAAAAUAUAUCGUGAGGUUCAGAUCAUGAAGCUUCUGAAUCAUCCUCACAUCAUAAAGCUUUAUCAGGUUAUGGAAACAAAGGACAUGCUUUACAUUGUCACCGAAUUUGCAAAAAACGGAGAAAUGUUUGAUUAUUUGACCUCCAACGGGCACCUCAGCGAGAACGAGGCACGGAAGAAGUUCUGGCAGAUUCUGUCCGCCGUGGAGUACUGCCACAGCCACCACAUCGUCCACCGGGACCUGAAGACCGAAAACCUACUUCUGGACGGCAGCAUGGACAUCAAGCUGGCAGAUUUCGGAUUUGGGAAUUUCUACAAGUCAGGAGAGCCCCUGUCCACGUGGUGUGGGAGCCCCCCGUACGCGGCCCCCGAGGUCUUCGAGGGGAAGGAGUACGAAGGCCCCCAGCUGGACAUCUGGAGCCUCGGCGUCGUGCUGUACGUCCUGGUGUGCGGGUCGCUGCCCUUCGACGGGCCCAGCCUGCCGGCGCUGCGGCAGCGGGUGCUGGAGGGCCGCUUCCGCAUCCCCUUCUUCAUGUCUCAAGACUGUGAGACGCUGAUCCGGCGCAUGCUGGUGGUGGACCCCGCCAAGCGCAUCACCAUCGCCCAGAUCCGGCAGCACCGGUGGAUGCAGGCAGAGCCCGCCGUGCCGCGGCCGCCCUGCACGGCCUGCCCCGCGCUCGGCUGCACCUCCAACCUGGGCCAGUAUGACGAGCGGGCGCUGGGCAUCAUGGACACCCUGGGCAUCGACCGGCAGAGGACCGUGGAGUCGCUGCAGAACAGCAGCUACAACCACUUUGCUGCCAUCUAUUACCUCCUCCUCGAGCGGCUGAAGGAGCAUCGGCUCACUCAGCCGUCGGCGCGGCCUGGCCCGGCCCGGCAGCAGCGGCCGCGGAGCUCGGACCUCAGCGGCUGUGAGGUGCCUCAGGAAGGCCUGUCUGCUGACUCUUUCCGGUCAUCCCUGCUGUGCCCGCAGCCCCAGGCCUUCGGGCAGUCUGUCCUGCAGGUGGACACGGACUGUGACCCCCUCAGCUCACUCCGGCCCCUGCUCUUCCCCCUGGACGCCAACUGCAACGGAGUGUUCCGGAAUCGCUCCAUCUCCCCAAGUGGCCUGCUGGACGUGACCAUCAGCGAGGAGGUCAGGCCGGCCCACAGCCUGGAGGAGGAGCGGGAGGCACAGAAGCCCCUGUCUGGCGGCACAGGCCGGAGGCACACUCUGGCCGAGGUCUCCACAUGCUUCUCCCCGAGCGCCCCUCCAUGCAUCGUCAUCUCCUCCUCUGCCGCGAGCCCCACGGAAGGCACCAGUUCCGACAGCUGUUUGACCUUCUCGGCCUGCGACGGCCCAGCGGGGCUCAGUGGGCGCCUGGCCGCCCAGGGGCUGGUGGGUGCCUGUUCCCCGCUCAGGUUGGCCUCACCGCUCCUGGGCGCCCAGUCCGCCACCCCAGUGCUGCAGGCUCGGGGGGCCCCGGGAGGGGCCGCUCUGCUCCCCAUCAGCUUCCAGGAAGGCCGGAGGGCAUCGGACACCUCACUCACUCAAGGGCUGAAAGCCUUCCGGCAGCAGCUGCGGAAGAGCACGAGGGCCAAAGGGCUCCUGGGCCUGAACAAGAUCAAGGGGCUGGCUCGCCAGGUGUGCCAGCCCGCCUCCAGCCGAGCCUCGAGGGGCGGCCUGAGCGCCUUCCACCUGCCGGCGCAGAGCCCGGGCGUGCACGGCAGCGGGGCUGGCAGCCGGGAGGGCCGCAGCCUGCUGGAGGAGGUGCUGCACCAGCAGAGGUUGCUCCAGCUGCAGCACCACCCGGCCGGCUGCCAGCAGGCGCCCCCGCUGGUCCUCGCCCCCUGCGACGGCGCCCUCCUCGUGUCGGGACUCCAGAAGGAGCUGGGGCUGGCGCCCGGCCCGCUGCUGCCACCCCACUUCCUGCAGGCCGGGGGCUCCCCGGUGGCGGCGGCCGCCCAGCUGCUGGACGCCCACCUGCACAUCGGCGCCGCCGCCCCUCUGCCCGCCGCCUCGCUGCCCGCGAGCUUCGUGGCCGCGGGGCUGCCGCAGGCGGACUGCGAGAUGGAGGACCUGACCUCGGGCCAGCGGGGCACGUUCGUGCUGGUGCAGUGAGGGCCCCGCCCGCGCCCGGGCCGGCCGGCGCUUCGAAGCAAUAAUUUCAGAGUAUGUGAAGACGUUUCCGGACUCGAAGCCAAUACGUUUCUAGAAGCGAAACAAGCAAUACGUUUGGUGUUUUGGCUUUUUACUUUGUUCUCGGUUUUUACUUUUUCCCUUGCACUGAGCAAAUGGAACUCUGAGUAGGGCCUGGAAACUUCCUGAAGAAAAAUAAUAACUGAAGGGCGUGUCAGGGUGGGUGGACGGGAAGGG